AAGUUUGGGGAGUGUAGGAGUGCAUGAGAUUGGAAAAAGCAAGUGUGUCGAAACAAGCAGGCACAGAGCAGGCAGGACCCACCACGCAGCCCAGACACGGAGGUGUGUGUGCUUGUGGUUUUGGAAUUGGCUGUUGACUUAGGGGCUUCUAAGGUUGAGUGUGCAAGUGCCUACAUCGACAAGAAAAUAUAGCAAUUGCUGUCUUUACCAAGUCCUUCUUCUUCUUUGUAGCGUGCUUGAAGGUGUCUGUGGGAAAUUAUUUUUUUUCCCUGAGAGCAAACAAAACUGAAACAAGAGCAAAGGCCAAGCCAACUGGAGUUACUCCUAAUUUGAUCUCUCUAAGGACUUUUUUCAUCUACCCUGAGGAGCAGACGACUACACUCACUAGAGAAACUCCAGCUCAUCACAACUGUCUCACCACAGCCUCCGAGCCAGAGAGAGAGAAAGAGAGAGAGAACAAGGGAAUCUGGGGAACCCACCAUUCCUGCCCCCCUCCUUUCCCUGCUUUGGCUCCCGGCCCCUCCUCUGCAGGCACCCCAUGGUACCCUCCACCCUCAGUGGGGCAGGAAGCGUGAAAAAUCUCACUAAUGGGUUUAUUUGCUGUCAGCCCUGCCGCGAUCUGUCACUCCCUAGGACCACUCUACUUGACACUCCUUAUAGUUGAGUGAGCUGCUCUGCUUAGUCUGAACUUUACUUUUACUGCCUACUGAGACCACCAUCACCUCUAGCCUUCCUCCCUACGAAGGGAGUUCUUGAGUUGAAGUGCCUAUCCCUCAAACCAUUGCGCUCCAUUGAAUCCAAGCAUACCUGGGGAAACUUCAGCUGUCCCCAACAGAGGGGUGUGCGCUACAAAGUGAGACUUGGCUGAAGGGUCUGAAGAUUGCUUUGGGAGAUUGAUUGGAGAACAAAAGAUGCGCCUUUGGCUGCUAGCUGCCUUGGCAGCCCUGCUUUGGAGUCAAGGCACACUCCUGGAAGGGGCUGAAGCCAAAAAGGCACGGAAGAGGCCAAAGGAGAUGACCCCGCAGCACACUGAGGUGUUCAACACCACACUUUCCAACAGCGAGGAGGAGGAUGAGAACACAGAGGUCUUGGAGGUCCAAAGAGUAGACCCACAUGGAUCAUGGAUGGAUUUUGUCAAAAGGCCAGUCGGCAACUUUCCAGCAAAGUGUCGGAAAAGGAAGCGACCACUGCCAGGACCUCAAGGACCUCCCGGCCCUCCAGGACCCCAGGGCCCCCCAGGGGCCCCUGGUGCAGAGGUCACUCAAGAGGUGUUGCUGAAGGAGUUUAAAGAAAUGAUCAAAGAAGCCACGGAGAGGAGAGCACAGGUGGACAGGGCAAGCGAACAGAGCCACCUGUCCACAACACUGAUGGCAUUGGAAGGUAUGGCAUCUUACCGGAGGAUUGAAGAGGCCUUUCACUGUAAGCUCAGAGGGCCUGUCAUCGUAGAAAAGAAGACUCUGACUGAGCUGCAGAACUUCCAGACACCUCCUGCCAAAGGUGCCUUUCUCAGAGGAACGGGGAUGGAUCAGUCCACUGGCCGAUUUACAGCACCCAUCGCAGGAAUUUAUCAGUUCUCUGCCAAUGUCCAUAUUGACCACAGUGAGGUAAAAAGGAGUAAAAACCAACUCAGGGCCAGAGACAAUGUGAGAGUCCUGAUCUGCAUCGAGUCUCUCUGCCAUCGAUACACGUCUUUGGAGAUGAUUGUUGGCUUGGAGAGUAACAGCAAGAUAUUCACAGUGUAUGUUCAUGGAUUGCUGGAGCUCCAGGCUGGUCAGUACACCUCCAUAUUUGUGGACAAUGCGGCAGGAGCUUCGAUCACGAUACAGAACGGAUCAGAUUUCAUGGGCAUGCUGUUGGGGGUAUAGCCUCCCUUUCUUCUUUUGCCCCCUCCCACCUAAGACUGCUUUCUUUUGGACUGAUAUCCAACACUGAAUGAAAUAAAGGAUAGCCAGAGGCAGCUAACUGUUAAUCUGCAAAUGCUUCAGUAAAUGAUGACUGAACCACUGUGCUGACUGUGGCACAUCUAUUUUUACGCCGCCGGGAAAAAGACAGUUGGAUGCAAUUCGUAUCACAGCUUGGAAUGAAAAGACAUUGUGGAUCUUUUAAUUGAGCUGUAGGCAUGCUAAAAGAAAUUAUGAGUAUUUUCAUAUGCAAGAAAUGUUAUCUUUUUUUUGUUUUAUUGGGGUGUUACGUAUAUGAUAUUGAACAGAAUUUAUUUUUGUGAUACACACACACACACACACACACACAUAUAAUUUACAGUAGAUGUAUACAAAGAUAUAUGAUAAGACAUACCAUGCUUUGAAAAAUGACUGACUUCUAUGAUGCAGAUUCAUUAUUUGAAAAAAUUUACUGCUAUUAGCAGAUGACGUAUAUUUUUCAAUCCGAGCAAAGGCGCUGGCUGGGGACUCACUGAACCUGACGGAUCCUGUUGUCAUUCUCACUUCUAAUGUACACAUCUCUCCUUUGUUGACUUCUAACGAUCACACAAUAGAUAACACACCGUAACACCCUGCACUCGGAAAAUUAAUCAUGUCACCGCUCACAACGGUGCUUGCAAAAGGGCAAAAACUGGAGGCGAUCAAGCACACCAUAAAAAGCAAUGAUUGUGACUUUGUUUAUUCGUUACGCCUGCUUGAAAACACUUCCAGAUUUGAGCUAGGGUCCCUGGAAUGCAUGCGGGCACUCGGGAAGAGGUGCCUCCAUGACGAAUUAGACACGUUAGAAGAUUCCUGCUGCACUCUUUUCUUGUUUUUAGAGGUGACAACCACGCCCCCACCCCUUCAUUUUUUUGUGCUUGCUUUGGGAAAGCCAUUGCAUUUAUAGCAGACAAAUAUAUGAGUACAAAUACAAAUUGUUAAAAGUAUUUAUGUGAGUAUUGGGAUAUCAAUAUGAGAGCGCUAAUAAAUAAUGUGAAUAAAACACCAUUUUUAAGCAGAUUUGCUCUUCAGGAGUGUGUACUGUAGCAUGGAGAUUGAACAUUUUACCUUUAAUAAAUGUAAGUAAUAUUUGUGUAGAA